AUGAAGUAUUUUGAGGAUGAGGUGCAUAAUGGUAACUGGGAUGAGGUGGAGAAAUACCUCUCUGGUUUCACUAAAGUGGACGACAAUCGAUAUUCUAUGAAAAUAUUUUUCGAGAUAAGGAAGCAAAAGUAUCUCGAAGCAUUGGAUAAGCAUGAUCGCUCCAAGGCAGUUGAAAUAUUGGUGAAGGAUUUGAAAGUAUUUUCCACAUUUAACGAGGAGCUUUUCAAGGAAAUCACACAACUGCUGACAUUGGAGAAUUUUAGGGAGAAUGAGCAACUCUCCAAAUAUGGAGAUACCAAGUCGGCAAGAGCAAUCAUGCUGGUGGAGCUGAAGAAGCUUAUUGAAGCAAAUCCCUUGUUUCGCGACAAAUUGCAGUUUCCUAACCUUAAGAAUUCAAGGUUACGCACUCUCAUUAACCAAAGGCUUGAAACUCUUGGACACCAACUUUGUAAAAACCCAAGGCCGAACCCAGAUAUAAAGACUCUUUUUGUUGAUCAUUCAUGUGGACAACCAAAUGGUGCUCGGGCUCCGUCACCUGCAAACAAUCCACUGCUUGGAUCCUUACCGAAAGCUGGAGGGUUUCCUCCGCUGGGUGCACAUGGGCCAUUUCAACCUACAUCAGCGUCAGUCCCAGCACCUCUUGCAGGUUGGAUGUCCAAUCCUUCCACAGUAACUCAUCCAGCAGUUUCUGGAGGAGGAGCAAUUGGUCUCGGUGCUCCAUCAAUCUCAGGUAGUACAUUCCUUCAAUUUGCUAUUGAUGCUUCUGCAAACUAUCAAGCUGAGUUUGUGAGGAUACAUGGUUCCAUUUCUAAUAAUACAUGCAUUUUGCUGCCUUGCAUAGCUGCUCUGAAGCAUCCAAGGACUCCUCCAACUAACCCUUCUGUAGACUACCCUAUGGGAGAUUCUGACCAUGUUGCUAAAAGAACAAGGCCAAUGGGGAUAUCCGAUGAGGUAAAUUUACCGGUUAAUGUAUUGCCAGUAUCAUUUCCAGGGCAUGGUCAUGGUCAGACUUUUAAUGCACCUGACGACUUGCCAAAGGCUGUUGCACGGAAUCUGAAUCAGGGAUCAUCUCCUAUGAGCAUGGAUUUCCAUCCUGUUCAACAGACUCUUCUUCUAGUUGGUACCAAUGUUGGAGACAUUGGGCUUUGGGAAGUUGGCUCUAGGGAGCAACUGGUUUUAAGGAACUUCAAAGUUUGGGAUCUGAAUGCUUGUUCGAUGCCCCUUCAGGCAGCUUUAGUCAAAGAUCCUGGCGUCUCUGUUAACCGUGUAAUCUGGAGUCCGGAUGGUUCCUUGUUUGGAGUUGCAUACUCAAGGCAUAUUGUACAAAUAUAUUCUUAUCAUAGGAAUGAUGAUGUGCGGCAGCAUGUGGAGAUUGAUGCUCAUGUUGGUGGAGUAAAUGAUCUUGCAUUCUCGACUCCGAAUAAGCAACUUUGUGUAAUAACCUGUGGUGAUGACAAAACCAUCAAGGUGUGGGAUGCUGUCACUGGUGCAAAAUUGUAUACCUUUGAAGGUCACGAGGCUCCAGUUUAUUCCAUCUGCCCACAUUAUAAGGAAAACAUUCAGUUUAUUUUUUCAACAGCACUGGAUGGAAAGAUAAAAGCAUGGUUAUAUGACAAUUUGGGAUCUCGAGUUGAUUAUGAGGCUCCUGGUCGCUGGUGCACAACCAUGGCAUACAGUGCUGAUGGUACAAGGCUAUUUUCUUGCGGUACAAGUAAAGAUGGGGAGUCAUUUAUUGUUGAAUGGAAUGAAAGUGAGGGUGCUGUGAAAAGAACCUAUCUUGGAUUUAGAAAACGUUCUUUGGGUGUCGUGCAAUUUGAUACAACAAAGAAUCGGUUUUUGGCUGCUGGUGAUGAUUUCUCCAUCAAGUUCUGGGACAUGGACAGUGUUCAACUUUUGACAACAAUUGAUGCUGAUGGAGGCCUCCCAGCAAGCCCACGUAUCCGCUUCAACAAGGAUGGCACUCUGUUGGCUGUUUCUGCCAAUGAGAAUGGGAUUAAAAUAUUGGCAAAUUCAGAUGGCAUGAGGUUGUUGCGUACAUUUGAAAAUCUUUCUUUUGAUUCCUCACGAGCAUCUGAAUCCGUUGCGAAGCCUACUGUGAACCCAAUCUCAGCUGCAGCAGCUGCCGCAGCUGCAGCGGCUGCAACUAGCACUGGACUUGCAGACAGGGGUGCCUCUGUGGUCGCCAUUACUGGAAUGAAUGGAGAUGCCCGGAACUUGGGAGAUGUGAAACCUAGAAUAACUGAAGAAUCCAAUGAUAAAUCAAAGAUAUGGAAGCUCACUGAAAUCAAUGAACAAUCUCAAUGCCGGUCCUUGAGGCUCCCUGAAAAUGUGAGAGUUAACAAGAUAUCAAGGUUAAUUUAUACAAACUCUGGCAAUGCUAUUUUGGCAUUAGCUUCAAAUGCAACACACCUAUUAUGGAAAUGGCAACGCAGUGAUCGUAAUGCUAGUGGAAAGGCAACUGCUGGUGUGUCACCACAGUUAUGGCAACCAUCUAGUGGGAUUCUGAUGACCAAUGACAUCACUGACAUUAACCUUGAAGAGGCUGUGCCCUGUUUUGCUUUGUCCAAAAAUGACUCUUAUGUUAUGUCAGCAUCUGGAGGAAAGAUUUCCCUUUUCAAUAUGAUGACAUUUAAGACGAUGACAACUUUCAUGCCACCACCUCCUGCAGCAACAUUUCUUGCUUUUCAUCCUCAAGAUAAUAACAUAAUUGCUAUUGGCAUGGAUGAUUCCACAAUUCAAAUAUAUAAUGUCCGUGUAGAUGAGGUCAAGAGCAAGCUCAAAGGCCACUCUAAAAGAAUAACUGGCCUUGCCUUCUCCCAUGUGCUGAAUGUGCUAGUCUCAUCUGGAGCCGAUGCUCAGCUUUGUGUAUGGAACUCUGACGGAUGGGAAAAGCAGAGGACAAGAUUCUUGCAGGUCCCAGCUGGUAGGACAGCACAAUCAGACACCCGUGUACAAUUUCAUCAGGAUCAGAUACACUUCCUGGUUGUGCAUGAGACUCAGCUUGCUAUAUAUGAAACCACAAAACUAGAAUGCGUUAAGCAGUGGGGUCCACGUGAAUCUCCUGUGCCAAUCUCACAUGCAGUUUUCUCGUGUGAUAGUCAGCUGGUAUAUGCCAGCUUCUUAGAUGCAUCUGUCUGUGUAUUUAGUGCUGUGAAUCUCAGAGUACGUUGCCGUAUCAAUCCUUCUUCGUAUCUUCCCCCUAAUGUCAGCUGUUCAAAUGUCCACCCACUUGUGAUUGCCGCACACCCACAAGAACCAAAUCAGUUUGCAUUGGGACUAUCAGAUGGUGGGGUUCAUGUCUUUGAGCCAGUUGAAUCUGAAGGUAAAUGGGGUGUGCCUCCACCUGCUGAGAAUGGGUCAGCAAGCAGUGUGCCAGCGACUCCUUCAGUUGGACCAUCAGAUGGAACAAUUGAAAACUCUGCGAGAUCAUUUUCCUCAACAUCUCAAUCCUUAUGGCUAAGAUCGUUGGACUCUCUUGUUGAUUGUGGGAGACAAAAAGGUGUGGUAAUGUCUGAGAGAGGAGAGGAGUUGCAGAGGUCUUCACAACUGCAGCGUGGGGAAGAAUGGAAGAGAUUGAGAUUCUUUCCAAUGGUUGGUGAAAGAUUGGUUUUGGUUGAGAGAGCAGAUUUGGAAGAGAUUGAGAUUUUAAGCUCCGUUGAGAAAUUGAGGGAAUAA